CGCAUCACAGGUGUAACGCUCAGCCAAUUGUGAACGCACACCUGCUGGGCGUGCGCGCUCGCGUCCCUGACGAAAACACACGGCUGCUUCGCGGUAAAUCGGCGCUCCGCCCUCCCUCCUCUCUCGUCAUCCUCCUCCGUCAUUCGCGUCCUCCUGUCAGCGCGCGAAUAGCCGGUCACGAGCGUGCGCGCGCGCGCGCCUCCCUCCCCACGCUCCCACCCUCACGCGACUGGGGAGCUCUCCGGCGAGCGCUCCGAAAGUAGUCUUCUUCCUCCCCUGGCCGGCGGUGCUGCCUCUUGUCUCUUCAGGAAUGAGAAGCGAUGGCCAGCUCCGCCAACGAGGAGAAAACCUUCCGACGGUUCUUGGAGCUCUUCCUGCGAGAGAUGAGAGCGCCGCUGAGGGAGGACGAACCCCUGCCCAUGCGCCCGUUGUCGGACCAGGUCUCCGAGGACGAAGUGGAAGGGGAAUGUCUCGACCUGUGUCUUCAGCAUCUCUGCAAAUAUAACUGCCCGUUCUCGCUGGCGGCUGGCCUGGCUCGUGCCACAACUGAUGACAUCCUGCAGAGUGACCUCUCCACCUACCAUGUCAACAAAGGGGUGGAGGAUGGCCCUGACACCUUGCCCCAGCUGGAGUCGGUCAAGUUGGCACGGCUGGUCUUCAACAAGCUGUGCGAAACCUGCUGCCUCUGGCUGAAGGACCUCCCCCAGCGACACCGGUCAAAGGCUUACUACGAGACUUCCAUCCACGCCAUCAAGAAUAUGCGCCGCAAGAUGGAGGACAAACACAUCGUUAUUCCCGACUACAACACACUCUUCAACCUUCAGGACCAGGAGGACCAGGCAUACUUUGCCGUUUUUGACGGGCAUGGGGGAGUGGAUGCUGCCGUCUACGCCUCCAACCACCUGCACGUCAACCUAGUGCGGCAGGAGAUGUUCAGCCAGGACCCUGGGGAGGCCCUGUGUCGUGCCUUCAAAGUGACGGAUGAGCGCUUUGUACAGAAGGCUUCACGUGAGAACCUGCGGUGUGGCACCACAGGGGUAGUGACCUAUCUGAAGGGCAGCACCCUGUACGUCGCUUGGCUCGGAGACUCGCAAGCCAUGCUGGUGAGGAAAGGACAGCCAGUUGAGUUGAUGAAACCCCAUAAACCGGACAGAGAGGAUGAAAAGCAGCGCAUAGAAGCCCUCGGGGGCUGUGUCAUCUGGUUUGGAACAUGGAGGGUCAAUGGCAGCCUGUCCGUAUCCAGGGCUAUUGGUGACUCGGAGCACAAGCCCUAUAUCUGCGGUGAUGCAGACCACAGCUCAUUCCAGCUGGAUGGCACUGAGGACUACCUGAUCCUGGCCUGUGAUGGCUUCUACGAUACGGUGAGCCCAGAGGAGGCAGCACGUGUGGUCAGUGACCACCUACAGGAGAAUGCCGGCGACACCACCAUGGUGGCCCACAAGCUGGUGGCCUCUGCCCGCGAUGCUGGCUCCAGUGAUAACAUCACGGUCAUCGUGGUCUUCCUCAGGGACCCCCGUUGUCCACCAGCACCUGAAGAAGAGGAGGCACCACCCAAGGAGGAAGAGGAGGAGGUAGCACUGCAGGGAGAGCUUGGCUGUGAGGAUGGAGGAAUGGAUGUUGGAAGCAAAAGCAUGGGCACCUGGCCUCUCCAGCAGUGCUCUGCUCCGGCGGAUCUCGGGUACGAAGACCGGAUGGACUCCUUUACUGACAGAACUAGCCUAAGCUUAAAUGGACCUGACCUGCUGUCAAAAGAAGGCCAGGUCCAACUCCCAGCCUCCUCUUAUCAGCCUCCUACCAAAACCCUUCCCCUGGAACACACAUAUCCUAGAGGGCCUGGUGCAGCCUGGCUCCCCCACAAAGAAGAGGGUCUCUCUGUAUACGGUUGCAAAGAACGGCCCCCUGCCUGCAAGCGGCCCUGUUCGGAAGGACACUGGCUGGAGGCUGCUGCCCUUUUCUCCAGAGAGUACAGGUCUGCCAGAAGGAUGGAGCGUGGUCGCCCCUGGCGGGCAGCCCCUUGGGCCCGGGCUAAGCUCAGGGAAGCCCUCACCUACAUCACACCCCGCCCUAGGCGGUGCCUGGAGAAGAGGCCUGGUGUGGCCCUGCCUCACGUGCCCCGGGGGGGUUGGUUCUGACGAAACACAUACAUAUGCUGCUCACUUGCUCCCAACCUGUCCCCCUUGCCCAGAUUAACCACACACAUCAUGCCCCCUUAGUGCUGAGGCCAGCACACUGCAAGCUGUAAAAGGCACAUGCUUGUUCACCUCCCUUAUUGCACCCCUGCACCAUCCUCAGCUGGGCUCUGGAAGCAUGAGAUCUCAGUGUGGUGCCUGGAAUUAACAGCCAUCCACUUGCUGUCUAACAAACGUACAUGGGGAUGCAAAGAAUUGGCCCAGCAAUCUGAACAAGAUGCUGCAGUACAUCUCAUUUUAAACCUCUAAAAUUAUCCAAUAGUUAAUGCAUUUUUUUUUUUAAUUAUAGAAUGGUGGGGAUUGUAUUAUAAAGCAUUCACCACUGAAAUGGUAUUAGCUGUAAACAGGAUAGACACAGUAGGGGGCUACUAGUGUGUUGAGUGAAACAUAGGACACCUGUGCUGCUCCCUUCCCACAAUAAGCCAUCCCCCCACAGUAGCUGUGCGUUAAAGUGCCCAGACAGAAGUGCAGUAUCUCCCACCAAGUGCUGUGGGGGCCAGGACAGUACAUACAGAACAGAGGGAACGUGUGCCUUUCCACCCAACAUGCUCGCUCGUUCUCCAGCAUACAUAUACAUUAACGGAGUUGGGCCGAGCUGAAGAACGGUUCUUAAAACCACGGGUAGCAGAGCAACUGGAUGUACAGUAUAUGUAGUUUUCUGCUGGCAUGCUGCUUGCUAACGUAUCACCUAUGAACCAUGUGUCAAUCCUGAAGUUUUCACAUUACUGAAGCUUAUGUCAUACACCAGUCUUUAUAUUUCAGGAUGAUAGAAAUAGUUCCACAACAAGGAUUUUACUACACUAUUUGAACCUAAGGCCUUUAGACAUGAGUACAAGGGUUUGACGGAAACUGUCCUGGCUGCAGACUGCACUGUGUCCCUCUGAUACCGCACGCUUGCUGUUGGGUCCAUCAAGCACUCGGUCAAGCUCCAGAACAAGAAGCGCAAGCAGAAUCCAGCAGAUGUUGGUCAAUUUCAUUAGUACUAAAAUAUGAGGACAUCUUUAACAAGAAAAGCAGGAUUUGCUACCCAGCACCCCACUUCUUCAGAACCCCCAGGUUCUCACACAGGCUACCAUAUUGUGCCAUUUGAACUGACCCCGGCAUCCCUGCGUGGCUGGUGCCAGGCCCUGGGAGCAACAGAAAGGGUGAGAGCGCCUAGUUGAGGGGCUGCUGGAACUUUCCCUGGCUUGACUCCCUCACCGUGGAGAACGCCUCCUCCCACAUACAAUAACAGAAAAGCCCUUUUCGACAGGAUGCCGUUCACCCCUCUGGCUGCGGUUAAGGGAAACUGGGCCACUGGGCACAGGAAUGUACAAGAAUGAGAAUGUACACAAGCGCAGGAACCUCCCAGGAGCUUCCUCGGUGGAGACAGCGUGGAGCGGGCCUUUCCGAUGUCGUCACCAGGGAAACGGCGGCUUGCAGAAGAUGCGUUGGUGCUGCCCAGGAGCUUAGUCUGCACUGCUGCAACACAGAAAGCCAUCCCUGUUGCUCAAAGGAAGAUGUUGUGCCCUGGCCACAUGCUUCCUGAGCGCCAGUACGAUGCAGGCAUGUGCCCCACGAGGCAGCGUUGACACCUCUUCUCUAGCUGACGACUGCAUUUGCCCCAGAGAACACUGGAGUGCACUUGACUGCAAGGCCCAGAUGCUGCUGUGCUGAAGGUGGAACCUUCCAUAAGCCUAUAUAACCUCCUCUAAGCCCUUAACACUCACAUCAUCUUUUUGGAGAGCAAGAGUUCCUGUCACUAGCCUCUAUCCCCUUAAACUCUUACCCAGGGUACCCAAUAUAUACUGGAAUUCUAAACGAAUAAUAACAUUUAUGUAUAUAUAAAGUAUUUGUGUGUGGCUGCGUGAGCGUGCCUGCGUUUCGGGUUGUAUGCGCGUCGUCUGUCCUUGAGCGUAAUGUCUAGACUGAACUUUAGCAGGACAACGGCACAUUUUAGUCCGUGUGGAUUUCACGCUUUGUGCCGCGGCACUGUGUUUUACUUCUCUUCACCUCUGAUCAUGAGCCCCUGGGAGGACAGCUGCGAGACUGCAGCAGCCAGCGUCGAAGGAUGGCGACGCUCUUACGGGCACCGUCUCCGAGCCUUCGCGUGCAGCCGAGGAGAAAUGCGGAAGAGGGCCUACAACAAGAAAGCAGAAGGAAAGUCGGACCUUGGGCAUUCUCAAAAUUUUGACAAGCCGUUAAGUCGUCCCAGCUGCCCCCUACCUCUCCCAGACCCCCGGCUGUGACUCAGGGCAUAGCCCUACAGCUCCCGCAUCGGAGCCCCAUCGUGCUAUUUCCCCGCUCCUGGUGAUGUAGUUUGUACAUGUAGUUCAGGUUGGUCCUCCUUCCAUGCCUUGAGCGCGCUCUCCAUCACUCGACACGAUGCCCAUGUAACAACCGCUUGUUCCUGUAAGCAAUAAUAAACCUUUAUGAGCCGCGAGCGGGGAGUGCCCCACACGGUGGGUUUGUCUUCUGCGAACCCCGCAGCUCAACCUCAGUACCGCUGCGGUGGUGGGAAAAUCUCUCCCACAAUUCCCUUUUCACUGCCACUAGCAUUCAUACCUGGGUGGCGUACAUCUGCGUCACCCAACUGCAGCCAACGCACACAGAAGGGGAGGCGCACACAGCUGCACUUCACAAGCACAUGAUGCUGAUGAAAACAUUCAAGCCCAAAUGCCAUGAAAACAGGAGUUCAGGCCUCCCAGUAAAGACAAACCCACCAUGUGCUCCUCCCCAGCCUGCAGGUUAGGUAACUGAUAACUGUCUCUGUACUCGUAUCCUCUGUGUUCCUGUAGUAUACAUAUCUGUAUAUCUUAUCUGGUGACCAUUGUAUAAAGGUUAGAUGAACCGGGCGUACUGUGCUUUCUUUCUCAAAAUUAUGUGUUUGCUUGUAGGUGUGUGUCAAGAAGUGCAUGAUAGGGACAGGUUCCCGCGGUGACCACACCCCAGGAGCGCACCGAGCGCCCAGCAGCGCCGCCCCGCACCGCCGGGAAGUUUAAUUAGCGUGGUCCCAGU